AGGAGCGACUCGGAGGCAGCGUCGAGCUGCGGCUCCCGGAGACCGUUCAGCCGGCCGGCUGGAGGAGCAGCAGCCCGGGCCAGGACAUCCAUCGGCGGCCUCUUCGGGGAGGGGGGUGUCCAUGGGUCCCCGGGGCUCCCUUGGAGGGGGACCAGCCUAGGGACCCCCGGUCGGGGGAGGAUUAGAGGGGAGCCCCACUCCCCCGCCUCCCUACCUCCCAACUUGCGCACCCACUUUUGGGGGGCCACCAUGCCGGGACAGACAUAGGCUGCACCCCCUUCAGGGGCUGGAAUCGGGACCCGGCUUUGGUGCCUGCAAACUCUUCGGUUCUCAGCCCCUCCGGUUGAUUUCCCCCCACCCCAGUUGAUCCAAAGCGAAGGACCCUCCUCACCCCCCCACCCCACCCGCAGGACUGCGUCCCCCCCAUGUACCCCUCUAGUAGCACACAUGGCGGGGCUGUGAGCAUCUGAUCCUCCCCCGCCCCCCCACUCCUGGGAUCCAAGACGUGACAAUGUGGAUACAUCAGUUUUUAGUUUCCAGGUCAGGUUGCCCCAUACGAAGCCAUGCUUGGAUUUUAAUAGCCAUGUUUCGACUUGCCAUGGAUUUCACCUCCUGCGAAUCUUUGAGCCAAGGGCAUCGGCUCCGGCUCUUGCAAAGACCUGCUAACUGGUAUGGAUUUCCCCAUAGUUCUUUGUGGCACCUUAAAGCCGGGCAACGCGCGAGGAGUCGUGGGCUUCUGGGGAGCCGGGCGUUUCCCUAUUUGGAACAGUCUAACGGACAAAUGCCAACGUAUCAUUCCAAAAGGCUGCACAAAGCCGUGGACCUGCUGUGGAAAAGCGGGCGGCCCAAGCCCUUUGUGGACUCCAACCCUUCCUUGGCAGAGGAUCAGAUUCAUUUGAAACGGAGGAAAAGGAACAUCCAGGGAAUCAUCAACCCCACUGUGGAGAACGGGGUGAUUGUGUGGGGAUCAACGAGUCCUUUGGAGUCCAUAGACAUGGAUACGCUCCCUAGCACCAGCACCAAAAGGAGUACGCCAACCAUCACCACCACCACCAUUGUUACCACCACAACCACUGCUGCUUCCACAACAGUGCCACCCAAAGGGCCUGGGCCUGGGCCAGGGGCUGGCACGCACAAGAACAACCCCAGCACUAGGGUUAGCACAAUGGAGCCGCCCGCCACUCCCAGCGGUAAUGGAAAAGAUGUUGAUGUUCCUCCACCUAAGUUACCGGGGGAGACUUCAGGUCUGGCUGUCCAUCAGAUUAUCACCAUCACCGUCUCUCUCAUCAUGGUCAUAGCUGCUCUGAUAACAACGCUCGUCUUAAAAAAUUGCUGUGCGCAAAGCGGGAACACCAGGAGAAACAGCCACCAGCGCAAGAUCAACCAGCAGGAGGAGAGUUGUCAGAACCUGACGGACUUCACUCCGGCCAGAGUGCCCAGUAACUUGGAUAUAUUCACGGCCUACAACGAAACGCUGCAGUGUUCCCAUGAGUGUGUGCGGACACCCGUUCCGGUCUACACCGAGGAGACAAUACUUCCCCCGGGGGAUUAUAAGACAUCCUUCAAUGGAAAUAGACCCUCCUCUUCUGAUCGGCAUCUAAUUCCUGUGGCCUUUGUGUCUGAGAAAUGGUUUGAAAUCUCCUGCUGACCGGCUGAAGUCUGUUUUACUUCCUGGGGGCAGGGCAGACGCCAUGUUCUAUUUCCUGGAUUCCACUGGUGAACCUGUAAAAAAAAAUUAAAAAUAAUGGGUUAUCCAUACCUACUUUUAGUGUUUACUGAUGGAAGACUCAAAGAACAGCCAAAUAUAUUUUUAUAUAAGAAGAAGGGACUUGCCCCUACCAGUGACUGCAUUUUCAAAGAGUGCAUUAUUUUUCGUGGGAGAAGUGAGCGGGGUGGGGGUGGGGAACAGAACCAAUCAACAUGCAAGUCGAGAGAGAGGAAAGAAGAGAGAAGCAAGCCGGUCGGAGCCACUGCAAACGUCUGGGACAUAAGGACUGUGAUUGUUUUUCUGAACCUUUGCCAAUAAUACCAUUAUGUGCCAUGAACCUGGGGAAGACUGCUCGAGAAACUAAAGCUAAGUGGAUUUCAUGUCAAAACCGAAGCCAGGGGUAGGGGUAUCUCUUCUAAUAAAGUCAGUAUUUCUGGUUACUAUACAUAUAUAUAUAUAUAUAAUUAUAUAUAUAUAUAUAAAAUUAUCUCGCUAUAUAUAUAUAUAUAUAUAUAAACACACAAACACUUUUUGUAUGGUAGCAAAUUUUUGAAACUCUUAAACGUUCAGUUCUUUUUUAAAAAAACAGACAUGAGUGUCGUGGGUUAUACAUAUGACUUCAUUAACACGCUUAGUAUGGACUUUAAAUAAAUGGAUGCUUUCCAUUUCAGAAAUUAGUUGUCACACACACAUGCACACACAUUUGGAAAUCCAUUUCUACUAGGGGACCGAGUUAGAAAUAUUUGGGGGUUAGGCUCGUGGCCUGCUGUUAACAGUUGGUAUCGAUCCAGCGUGGAGCAUGCUGCAUUUUCACCCCUGGUGAAUCUGAUGGGAACACAAGGGGGUUGUGUAUGCAGUGUAGCUUGUUCAGAUGCCCACAGUUAUCCCAGGAUUCCCCCCCCCCAUCAGAUUGCAUUCUGCGGAACCAUGGAAACUGAGCAGGGUUCCUUAAUCAGAAGCCUGUUGCAGCAAGCGUCCAGAUCACUGCCAAUCAUCCCCUGCAAUAGGUGUGGUCUAGAAUCCACUCCCAGUUCCCUUGGUGUUCCAUGUAUGGAGGGUUUGAUGGCCCAGCAUAGAAGAAGAUUUUGUUAAAAAAUACAGCAUCAUGUGCUUAUGAGAAGAUCGUACAGGACAUGGCAAAGGUAGUUCUAGGAACUGCCAGAAACUCUAUGGUAAAACCAUAAAGUGACUAGCAAUUCCAAGAGCUAUCCUUUGACACUUCCUGUAUGCAUUUCCAAUAAGUACACAUGGCUGCUUUUUUUCUUAUUUGUUCUGUUGCUGCUCAGGGUGGCGCCGGAAAAUGGUACCUAAAGGAAGGGAGGCACCUGCCCCACCUGGGGCUUGGCUCCUCUAGUUCCAUGGCUGCCGCUCUGUCUCUGCAGAAUGUUCAGAGUGGCUUUUUAAUUGGCAAGGCACUGUAGGAGCCACUUGGUUCAGACCACGUCAGAGGUGCCAUUGGAGCGUGCCAGCUAACCCAAUGUUGGCGAUUGAGAAGGAGGUGUGAGCUGGCACACUACUUGCCAUUUCUGAGCCAAUCACCACAUUGCAAUGAAAUCUCUAGGAACAGAAAAAAAUAAGAGAUUUGUUACAUUCCUGGAGCAUUCACAAUAAUGUGACGACAUCAUUUCCAUUUGGGGAGAGAUGAAACGACAAUGGAGAUUGCAUGACAGCAUUUUAGCCUCCCUUCACCUCCCCUCAGAGUCUGAUAAGUUUCCCACUGCUUUCCUGCCAAGGACUGGCAAUGCCAACAGUGUGGCCCUCCAAUGACAUUUUGUAGUACCACCAGGGCGUCCUACCUGGAUCUCUUAUGGGCCAUUUUAACUGUUCCCUCCAUUCCUGUUCUGCCUUUGUGGAAUGUGUGUCCCAAGAACUUGCUUCAGGGAUCUUUUAGAACUCCCAUGGGGGCAGAAACGGUUCUUCAAACGUAGGAAUUUCAAAUGCCAGAGCUGUCUUGGACCCAUGGAGAAAGGGAAGUAAACCAGGAUUUGUGAGCGGACCAGACACAAAGGAAAAUAGACUGGACUCCUGUAACUCAUAUGUUACUACUAGUAGUGUUGCUUUACACACCACAUGUUGUUGCAAUUUGUAAAUUGGCCUGUAAAAUAUUAACAUCCCUGCAGUGCAGAAGUUGAUGGGACUAUGAAUGUCCAGAUUAUGUUCCUGAAAGAGUUGACGUUUUAGCUGGUAACUCCCUAAAGCCACAUCAGAAUGGCAAAUUUUGGCAGAGAAAAGCUUGCCACACAGUGGGGGAGCAAAAAUCUCUCCUGUGCAGAGUGAAUAAAUAUACUGGAGCCCAGCCAUCUUCCUUUGCCUCUGACUAGCACAUUCAGCUAUGUUGGAGGAUUUGUUGGCCUAUUAUGCACUCCCGGUCUGCUUCGCAUUGCGUGUCCAUCCCCUUCAAAUUGGAUUUUCAGUUACGCACUCAUUUUAACCUCUUUGGAACUCACCCCAGCUCAGAUCAAAGUUGUUCCACAGCUUCCAAAAGUGGGCAAAGUGCGACCCCCACCACAAGAAAGUGAAGGGAGGGAGCAUGCCUUUCACUUCCUUCAGUUUUGCUUCUCGCCUUCCCCCGCCCAAUAACAAUUCCUACCACUCUUCAGACUAGCAGAGUAGCUGGGAGUGUUUCAUGUUUUCCUUUUAAAAGUUUUUGAUCUAGCCAAGGAGUGCUAGACCCAAGACAGCUAGAACCCCCCCCCCCCAAAGGCAGCAGGCAACAUUGGAAGCACCAAUGGCGGGCAAACAAAAUGGCAGCUGGCUUGGCUUGUGACGCCUCACAGCAGGAGAAUCCCCCAUUUAAAUAGACAACUGCAGGAAAAACCCACUGCAAGGAAAAGAGCCGUGGGUAAGCAUUGCAUGACUAAUAGGCCACCGUUUCUAGCAACAGCGAUCAUAAUGGGUUGUCAGCCCUCCCACCCCAGUCUGUCCCAGCCACGUGGUCAUGAAUGGUUCCACGUGGAGGAAUUGGACUAUGUUAAUAGAAAUCCCUUUCCUUCUAUUUCAGGAAAGAAUUUGCAAGUGCCAUAAGAAACUUUUGUGCUGGGCAAUCUCUCCAAAUCUGGCUUUAGCAAGCCUCUAUCCAUUGGUGGCUCUGGCAUCCCAGGAAAUCCCAAGUAGAUUUGCCAACUCCAGUUUGGGAAAUACUUGGAGAUAUCAGGGGUGGAGCCCAGGAAGGGCUGGGUUUCAUGCCACAAAGUCCACCUUCCAGAGCAUCCAUCUGCUCUAGGAGAAGUGAUCUCUGUCAUCUGGAGAUCAGUUGUAAUGCCAGGAGAUCUCAAACCCUCACCUGGAAGCUGGCAACCCUAUCAGCAGGCCAUCCAGUGACUUGUGUCGCUAAUGAGCUGAAACUGGGCCCUUCUGUACUACUGUGGUGAAGCGGCUAUGCAGAUGAAUGGCUAUGCAGAUGAAUGGGCUGGGUUAUGCAGAUAUGAGUGAGCUUGCUUCUUCCAUGAGGAUCAACAGGGCAGGCAUCCGUCUUAGCCUCAUCCUCAAUUACUUUCUACCACAUAAUUAAAUGGCUACCAUUAAUGGCUACCAGUGGGGAAAGGAAAGGGCUGUCUUUGGAAGCAGCUGAUGGGUAGAGGGGACAUUUGCUGACUCCCUGAUUUUCAGGGACAAGAACAUAAGAACAUAAGAACAAGCCAGCUGGAUCAGACCAGAGUCCAGCUAGUCCAGCACUCUGCUACUCGCAGUGGCCCACCAGGUGCCUUUGGGAGCUC